UCCGCAAGGGGAAUGAAACGUUCGAAAUAUCAGGGAAGAGUUUACAUGUAACCAGAGAUGUGAAAACAGAGAUUCUGGACAAGUUGGCACAAGAAAUAUUUACUGUGAAAGCCUACCCUGACAAGCAUGAGUUUGAGUCUGUUGCUGCUGAACUUGUCAACAAACAUCCCUGCCUCAAAGAGCCUGGUGGUGGUACUGGAUAUGCUGGAUGGACAAUCAGCAUAAAGUACAAGAUGGGGAACUACAGAACAAAACUACGUCAAGCUGGAUGUAAUGAGGUUGGUGUCAACAGGAGAACAAGAAGGGAGGUGGUGGAUGAUCAUGGUGUCAACAGGCGAAGAAGAGAUGACGAUGGGGAUGAUGAUCCGGAGAGAAGGUUUUCCUUGAAAAAACCAAAGCGAGGUGAGGUCAACCAUGUCCCAGAUCAUCCUGAAAGCUACACUGAGGAUGACUUGGAAGACCUGAGGUCUUCCCUGGUUGAAGCCAUGAAGAAGAAAAACAAGGACAUGGAGUUCAUCAGCCAGAAGAUGGACAUCACAUUCUCCUUUAGGAGAAUGGAGAUUGUAGAGAUGGAACCCAUGGUCUCAGAAGUGCUGGAGAGGUGGCCCGGUCUAUUUCUUAAAGAACAGAUUUGUCAGGAGUUCACUCGUGUGACCACCAAGGACCUGAUGGGAACAUUUAAAACUGCCCUUGAGAUGUUCACCCCUCGUCUGCUGAAAUUGUAUCGUGCCAGGAAGGGCGCCUUUCGAGAGAUGGAAACCCUUUUGGAAAUGCUUGACAAACAGACAUCUGACAUCACAAGUCAUCGCAGACAGACAGCUGUGGAAGGUCUUCCCAUAUUUCUGCGGGACAAUACUGAGAAGCUUUUCUCUAGAUGCCUGGCAACUGAUGCAGAUGACGAGCAGACAAAAGGCAUCAAGAUCGGUGUCCUCACAGUGCUUGAUGAUGAUGACGCAGUCAUUAAUAUUGCCGUUGUGUUGGAGGAAACCAUUGUCCUCAACGACAUCCCAGACACCCCGACUGCGCUUGCGUUUCUUUUUGGCCUGCUUUAUGCCCUCAACAUGGAGUUCCCAAAAGACAGCAGGUAUACCUUUGAAACUAUCCAGCACAUUUUCAUGGAAAUGUCCACCAAUUGCUCACAGCGUGUCCGGAGCUUCAAGACCAAGCUGUUAAACCAGUGA